UAUGAAAUCACUUAUAUUCAUCAGCUUACUCUUGGCUACAUCAUUAGGAGCAUUUUAAGAAGAAGACAAUGUGUUAGUAUUAACCACAGAUACCUUUUAAGAUGCCAUUGACACAUUCAAAUUUAUUUUGGUUGAAUUUUAUGCACCCUGGUGUGGACAUUGGUAUAAGUUAUAUCUUAUAUAAUAGCAAAAAAUUAGCUCCUGAAUACUCUGCAGCAGCAGCUGAAUUGAAAAAAUAAGGAGGUGACAAUUACGUGCCAUUAGCUAAAGUUGAUGCUACAGCUGAAUCAUCCGUGGCUGAAAAAUUCUCUAUCCAAGGAUAUCCAACAUUAAAAUUCUUCAUUAAUGGUCAACCUAUUGACUAUGAAGGAGGUAGAACUUAAGCAGAUAUUGUUGCUUGGAUUAAUAAAAAAUCAGGUCCACCAUCAAAUGAAUUAAACUCAGUUUAAGAUUUAGAGAAAUUCUUAGAAAGAGUUUCUUCUUCACCAAUAAUAGUAUUCUUUGGAAGUUAGGAAGAUGACAACGAUUUCUAGACAUUCAAGGCUGUGGCAUAAUAAAAUGAUAAAGUGACCUUUGCCCACAUUUUCAAUGCUGAAGCCUCAGAAAAAUAUAGCGUAUAAGGAAAGAUUGUUCUUUUCAAAUCAUUUGAUGAGAAGAGAAACGAUUUCGAUGGUUCAAUCACUAAUGCCUCUUUAGAAUAAUUUAUUAAUGCUCAUGGAAACCCAGUUUUAUUACCAUUCAAUGACAAAGCUAUUAAUAUUAUCUUCUAAUAAAGAAAUAAUGCAGUCCUCUUAUUCACAGAUGAUUCUGAUGCUGGUGUUGCUGCUUAUGAAGUCUUUGCUUCAGUUGCUGGUGCAUUCAAAGAUAGGUAUUAUAUUAAUUUAAAAUUUUAGAAUUAAAUUCUCUUUCUCUAAACCUAAUGAUGGUUCAGGAUUAUUCCAUAGAUUAGCAGAGUAUGUUGGAGCAAGCACUGUCAAUGUCCCAAAUAUUAUGAUUUAUGAUUAAUAAGGAGGAAAUGCUAAGUAUAGAUUUGAAGAAAGCAUCACUGUUGAUUCCCUAAGAAAUUUCUUAACAAACUUCUUUGAUAAUAAAUUAGAUAGAUACAUGAAAUCUGAAGAGAUUCCAUCCAGCAAUGAUGAACCAGUAAAAAUAAUAGUUGGAAAGAAUUUCAAAGAUUUAGUCAUUAAUAAUGAUAAAGAUGUCUUGGUUGAAUUCUAUGCUCCUUGGUGUGGUCAUUGUAAAUAAUUAGCUCCAGUCUAUGAAGCUUUAGCUAAAAAGUUAUAAGUUAAUCCAAAUAUUAUUAUUGCAAAAUGUGAUGCUACUGCUAAUGAAGUAUAUUUAAUUAAAAUAAUAUUUAGGUUGAAGGAGUUUCUAUUGAAUCUUUCCCAACAUUGAAAUUCUGGAAGAAUGGAUAGAAAGAUUAAGUUAUUUCUUAUAGUGGAGGAAGAGAUGAAGCUGGAUUCAUUAGUUUCUUAAAAGAAAACACUUCUCAUCCUUGGGUUGAUUUAGAUAGAGUUGAAGAAUUAUGAGUGU